GUCCAACUUAAAAAAAGAUCUCGAUAAAAUUGUUAUAAUCAAUCAAAAAUAAAUGAAGAAGUUGUCGUAGGUUUUUUUGUGCGACUGUUUAAUAACCCGUUGAUGGGUUGAUUUGGCACCUGUUGGAUAGCGAGUUUUGCGUCGUUCGUCAUCAAUGUUUAAUCACGAAAUUUGGCCUCGUUGAAGUUUAUUCACUGAAUGCAAACUCUGCCAGGGAGCUAAGUGGUAGAAAUGGCCCAUCUCCUCUGUUUUAUCGUUUUAAUAAUUGUCUUUAGUGCUACCUACGCCAUAGAAAGUGGGCUACAAGGCACAGCAGUGAUAAACAAGAGCUUGGAGGCAAGAUUCCGAAACGAAACGCUCGAGAAUGGCUCGUCGAUAGUGAAUGCUACACACAUGACCAUACCCUCCUUGAUAAUGCUGUCCGUUGAGAUUAUAAAGAAUGGAAAUCGCUCUAACAACACAGAGAAGGCGCGUGAUGGCUCAGAGAUUUUCUUUUUGGAUGGGAAAACACCAGAGGAACUUUCUUUCUUGCAACCUCCCAAAGCCUCUCCGUAUUUCCCGCGAUUUAGUGAAAUCUCGAUGCGGACUCUAUACUUGAUUGUCUGCAUGUGCUUGUUAAUUCUUCUCCUGAUGAUCGUCAAACUGUUGGUUUCGAGAAAAGAGCGCAAAAAAGAUUAUGAUAUGGUAACCAGAGGAGAAUUUGACGCUUAAACCGAACGGCUGAGACAAAGGAUUAGAAGUCAGGAGUUCGGAAAACAAGUUUUUCGGGUAACCCGAAAUUCCGGUUGAAAGCCGGUUGGUCCGGGUGCGUGAUUUUGCCACAUUCGUUCGAAAGACCAGUCUGGGAUUUUUGACGUAGAUAAAAGGUAUAUUAAGAAACGCUAAAUCACUGAGCAAAUCAACAUUGAUGUAAUAGUGGAUUUGGUGAGGAUUUUGCGAAAUCGGCAUCGUACAAGAACCUUUCUAACAUUUCACAGUCAGCCGCGUUACCUUCGUGGUUAUUAUAUAAUUUUAAAUUUUGUCCAAUUUUCUAAAGAAAUUGUUUUAACACAAAACGUAAAAUUGCAUGUCAUUCUAGAGGGUAGAAAGAGUUGAAUCAGGUUUAUCUCCGUAUAAACUAUUUUGCACUGUUGAUUGCACUGAACAGUUUCAGUGGAGACGAUCGAAAAUUCGUGAAAACAGCGCGUGAAAAUGGGUGAAGAUGGUAGGAGGCUGGAAUAGAAAAAUGAUGGGAAAUAUUUUCCACCUGCCUCUUUCUCAUGUCAAGACCUCCUUUAUUUUUCUUGCUCUUCGCCUCUAACAGAGAGCAUGCCGGGUAUUGCCUGCGAAAUACUGUGCUUUAACUAAGACGCAGCCAUUGUGUGGCAUAAGAUAAAUCAGUUUUAUAAUGAUUAGUCGGUAGCGUGGGAAACAUAGACUAAAUAAUUGAACAUUUCAAGGAGGCUAUGAGAGAAGGAAAGUCGGGA